AUGGAUGAUGCCAUAGAAGAGAUUGGCGGAGGAGAUGAAAUUGUACCACUCAAAGAUCCACUUUCCUUAUGCAGAAUUGAAAUACCGGCAAAAGGAAAAUAUUGUGUACACAAGUCAUGCUUUGAUUUGGCUGGAUAUUUAGAUUUUGGCAAGACCUCAAAGACGUACAAUUGUCCAAGAUGUGAUAAACCUCUUCCAUUUUCAGAGUUAAUCAUAGAUCGUCAUAUGCAAAAGAUACUCAAUGAAGUGGGAGACAAUGUGGAAAAAGUGCUUGUCAAAGACGACGGUAGCUUCACCAUUUGUGAGGAUGCUCCCAAGAAGAAAAUAUCAAAUGUUGCCAUUGCCAAUAUAGCACAAGUUAUUGCAGAAAUAGAUGAAGAAGAAGGAAGCAAGUCUCCACCUUUUCUGUCAUUUGGUACUUCCUCUGUUGCCUCAUCGCCUCCUUUUUCCUCCACUCCACCAAGCCAUGGUUUGUCAAGCAACAACAACACGUCAACAAAUUCUUCCUUGAAUUCCAAUCGAUUAUCUACAGGUUUUACCAUCGAUGACGCUAUUGAGAUUGACUAG